UGAGUACAAAAACCCAGAUCAAGCAAACACAUUCAGAUCCUCUGCUAGUUUUCAAUGCAGACCAUGCGUUUACACAGGUCAAUGUGCUUACUGGAAGCUGCCACUCUGAUUCUGCUGGCAGGAUGUUAUCAGCAUAUCUCAGCUGACAGUGUUAUGUUUGCUCCACAAGAGGUCUCCCUGCACAAUAAUACUCUGUAUGCAGCCUGCAGAAUGAGACCCAGCUCCUUACUCGCCGAGGGUUUGCCCAGUGUGUAUGGCCAUGUGCUUUUUAAGCAGGAUUACCCUCAUGGAAAGCUCAACAUUCUUUUCUGGUUUAAAGGCCUCCCCACAGAGGGGGACCCAGAGCCCAGAGCAGUGCACAUCCAUCAGUAUGGGGAUCUGAGCCUGGGGUGUGACUCCACUGGUGGCCACUACAAUCCCCAUACUGUUGAGCAUCCAAACCACCCAGGAGACUUUGGGAACUUUAGGCCCGAGCAAGGAAAAAUCAGGACAUUAAUAGAGUCGGAAGCAACACUGUUUGAAGGGAUGUCUGUGAUUGGAAGAGCCGUGGUGCUCCAUGAGAAGAUAGAUGACCUAGGACUGGGUGGAGAUGCUGGCAGCCUGCUGAAUGGAAACGCAGGCCGGAGGCUUAGCUGUUGUGUCAUUGGGAUUUCCUCCCCCCGUCUCUGGGAUAUGUAUUACAAGCAGUACACUAGCUGAGGAUAAAGUAGUCAAAGUAACCAAAAAUGCCGCCAAAUUACGUACAGAUAUUGUCUUUGCAUUCAUUCACGAUGUCAAAUCUUGAUUAAUAUUUUUAUUGCUAUAAGAUGUAGGGCUGAACAAGUUGGAAGAAAAUUUCAGAAUUCAAAUUAGGUAUUUGCAAUAAUCAAGUGUCCAUAUUUACUGUGUUAUUAGUAGAAGAUUUGCAUGAAUAUGGCUCAUUCUCUGUGAGCGUUUCUCCUGCAAUUACAUUCUAUAUCUGAUUGUUUUCGCCUUUAAUCACAAAGACAUACAUUAUAUUCAAAGGUUCUGUGCACACAGGUGGAAAACAACACUGAAACAUGGGACAGUUGAACUUGAGUCCAUGUUCGAGAUUUGAGUAACCUAAACCAUUUGACACCAACAUUUGUAUAUAUGACAUCCUGAUCAGACACAGUCUAUCUCAUUAUAUGUCAUACUUGAGACACAAAUUACAGUUGUAAAUGAUUUAUUUUACAGAAAUAAAUCCACAUUAUUCACACUAAACAUUUGUAGAAUAUAUACAUAUGGCUCUAUGUAACUUAGAUGUAUUUUUCCGUUACCUGGGUGUAAAAGACAAAUGUCCUGUUAAUAUUUUCUUAACUAAAAUCUAUUUGUGCAGGGUUGACCUAAAGCAAAUAUUUGUCGUCGAGAGAAACCGGCAAAGCAGCAAAUGUGGUCUACUUUUAUCAUUAUAAUAUUAUGUCAUGCAUCACUUUAUAUAAGAUGUUAUUGUGCUUCAGUGAUAAAAAUAUAUACUAUAUGUUAUAAUCUACCAACAACAAAUGAAUUAUUCAACUGGAAAUGUGUUUUAUUGUGUUGAUUAUAUGUUGAAAGAAACCAAAUAAAAUUGCUGGUUGUUAACAACA